GUAACAAAAUGUGGAAAAAGUCAAGGGGUCUGAAUACUUUCAGAAUGCACUGUAUGUAUAUCAAUAUUCCAAAGUUGAUAUGAUGAAUAUUGAUACUAUUAGCUAUAAAGUUAUCUCAUGAAUGGCUACUUUGUAACCGACUGUCCCAACGACUUCUCUUGGGUGGAUUCUUCUCCUCGCCCGACACUCCGUAACCUAGCACCGCGGGAGCAAGUGGAACCAAGAUGUUCCUCCGUGGAACAACGCUUUGCCGAUUGAAAUGGGGCCGCAUGAAGCAGGAAUGGUGACUGGGGAAAACAUUCUCUACCCUUCCUUAAUCAGUUCUCAGAAAAUACAUGUAAUAGUUUAAGGUAAAAAGGAAAGAAGCAGUAACCAUGGGAAGAUGCUUGCUUAUUAUUAGCUAGGUUUAUUUGUCAGCUAAUGAAUGAGUCAAUAUUCGAUUUAAAGCAAUUUCAUGCUAGUGUUGCGUUGGACUUAGUUUGGACGAGACAUUUUGUGCAUGUGCCCGUUGCCAGCCCCUGUACUUAUUUAGCACAUCUGAUAUCAUGGAUUGUAUAACCUUGGGGUAAGUGGACAUAAUAGUCGGGAUGAAAGUGUACGCUUCCGAUGAAUUCAGUACAGCUGUUGUCGGAUUACUUGCUACAUGAUUUGGAGAGAUUUGGCAUAUUCCAUGAUAGCUGGAUGACUUGCUAGUUUAGCUAACUAACGUUACUGUACUGCACUGCCUCGUUGGUUUGUCAAUGUAGUUCUAGUAUUAGCAAUCUAAGCGAACAGCGUGAGUAAAAGGUAGCCCAAGACAACUGUAUGUUACCUACCUUACUUUGUUAGUACGUUCGUCAAUAAGAGUGGCACAUUCUUAUUGUAACGUGGUUCUAGUAACCAAGUAACGUUACUAGCUAGCGAAAGAGCUGCCAAAUUACUAGCUACGAACAUCAGCUGCUAAACUACUGUGUUAGCCAGUUAGCAACUGUAGCUAGCUACUGUUGAAGCAGACAUUACAAUACUUUAUUGUAAUUUAAAAUGCGUAUUCAGUUAUUUUGAGUAACACGAACUUAUCUCUAGCAUUGUCUUUGGAAUGACAGUGGGGUUUUGUUAAUACCAGCCCCAAGUCAAAGGGCUGGGGUUAUUAUGAAUGAGGUUAAUGAUCUUGAGUUAUCUUGGGUGGGCCUAUUAAUGUCCAGUUUAUUGGCCUUGACCAGUCGAGAAUCUAAUGACCAGCAGCCGACCUGUGACCCCGAGGAAGAUGCCAUGGAUGUGGGGAUGCACACCUUCAACCACACCCAUAUGAGAAAGGCAUUUCAGCUGAUGAAUGACAUGAGGAGUAAGAAUAUGCUGUGCGACGUUCUGUUGGUGGCAGGAAAUGUAGAGGUGACCGCUCACAAGUUGGUGCUAGCCUCCUGCAGCCCCUACUUCUGUGCCAUGUUCACAGGGGACAUGAGUGAGAGCAAAGCCCAGCAGGUGGAGAUCAGGGAUGUGGAUGGCCAAACACUAAAAAAACUGGUGGACUAUAUCUAUACAGCUAUGAUUGAAGUAACGGAGGACAAUGUUCAGGUGCUCCUGCCUGCAGCCAGCCUUCUGCAGCUGAUGGACGUGAGGCAGGUGUGCUGUGAGUUCCUGCAGAGCCAGCUGCACCCCACCAACUGUCUGGGCAUUCGAGCCUUCGCCGACCUCCACACCUGCACACAGCUCCUCAACCAGUCCCAUGCCUACUCUGAGCAGCAUUUUUCCGAGGUGAUGCUGGGAGAGGAGUUCAUGGGCCUGUCUCUGCAGCAUGUGUGCGGUCUCAUAUCCAGCGACAAACUCACCGUGUCCACAGAGGAGAAGGUAUUUGAGGCCAUUGUUGCAUGGAUAAAGCACGACAAGGAGGCUCGUCUGGAGUACAUGCCAAAGCUGAUGGAGCACGUUCGUCUGCCACUACUGUCCAGAGAUUACCUAGUACAGAUAGUGGAGAAGGAGGCCUUGAUCAAGAACAACAACUCCUGUAAGGACUUCCUGAUCGAGGCCAUGAAGUACCACCUCCUACCCGCUGACCAGCGCCACCUCAUCAAGACCGACCGGACACGCCCACGCACGCCUAUCAGCAUGCCCAAGGUGAUGAUAGUGGUGGGUGGGCAGGCUCCUAAGGCCAUCCGUAGUGUGGAGUGCUAUGACUUCCAGGAGGACCGCUGGCACCAGGUGGCUGACCUGCCGUCCAGACGCUGUCGAGCAGGUGUGGUGUUCAUGGCAGGGAGGGUGUACGCUGUGGGAGGCUUCAACGGCUCGUUGCGGGUCAGGACGGUGGACAUGUACGACGGGAUGAGAGACCAGUGGACCACAGUUCCCAGCAUGCAAGAGCGGCGCAGCACUCUGGGGGCAGCCGUGCUGGGGGACCUGCUCUACGCUGUGGGGGGCUUCGACGGGAGCACAGGCCUGUCGUCAGUGGAGACCUACAGCUAUAAGACCAAUGAGUGGAUGUUUGUUGCUCCCAUGAACACGAGACGCAGUAGUGUCGGAGUGGGAGUGGUGGACGGGAAGCUGUAUGCGGUGGGCGGCUACGACGGGGCGUCACGCCAGUGUCUCAGCACGGUGGAGGAGUACAACCCAGUCAGUAACCAGUGGGGCUACAUGGCUGACAUGAGCACCAGACGCAGUGGAGCAGGUGUUGGGGUGCUAAGUGGGCAGCUGUAUGCAGCAGGGGGUCAUGAUGGGCCCCUGGUGAGGAAGAGUGUGGAGGUAUACGACCCACCUAGUAACACCUGGAGACAGGUGUGUGAUAUGAACAUGUGUCGGAGGAACGCUGGUGUGUGUGCUAUAAACGGACUGCUGUAUGUGAUUGGAGGAGACGACGGCUCUUGUAACCUCUCCUCAGUGGAGUAUUACAACCCUGCCACAGACAAGUGGAGCCUCAUACCCACCAACAUGAGAAACGGCCGAAGCUAUGCAGGUGUAUCCGUUAUAGACAAGCCUUUAUGACUAUCAGGCCCCGACGGCAGCAGGACCCCACAGCCACAGGUAGCAAUCAAAGGGAGCCACACAGACGUCUGAUUUCACAGUCAACUCCAUGGAGCAACACUAGCCUGACGGGUGGCUCAGGAGGGAGGGAGACCCCAGCCCGGACAGUGCUCUGCGGAGCUGCAGUCUCAGCCCUGUAACUGCAUUCCUUCCAGGCAGAGUGGACUUGAGAGAGACAUUGGUUUCCAUGGUCAAAAUGACCCCAAGACUCAACAAAUCUGCCUGGAUCAGAGUGUCUUAAAACUGGAGGGGGCCUGUUUUCCUUCAGCCUCACAGGGGGCCAUUUAGCUACAUUAGUAUUAGGAGGGCCUCACUCCCCUCGGACUCCUUACAACUGAUCAGAGGGGGAAAUAAACUGGCCUUGUUUUAAGGGAUGGACUAAAUGAGCUUGGACCAAGAAGAAGGUUGUUGAUUGGCCUGGGAAACUAGACUGCAGUCAGUCUGCGGUGUGGGACUGUGUCUGUGCAGACACACAUUGUGCUAACACAGGCCUCUCAAACCAACAAUGAGCUCUGGAAGUGUUGUAGUACUUGAGUCUGACUCAAGUCCCAAUUUUUUUUGUUUGUUGUAUUUGCACUUGGACUGGAUAGGCUACUAUAAUAAGGAGAAUAUUAGCAGCACUGGGUGCACAGAGCAUCUUGGGUUCUGUUCUCUAGCAAUGGGAAGGACGUGCCACACACAGCCUACAUCAGCUGGUGAGCUGGGGGGGAGCAAGACCGGAAGGCAGGCGCCGCCUCCAAUCAUUGGCCGCUACACAUCGCGCAAGAAACUUUCUUGUUUCCCCAUAACCAUUAGUCACCAGCUUACAAUUUGCUUUGCCUGGUUAAGAAACACAAACUGGUUUUUGAAAUGUAAAACAGUACUAGUGUUGAGUUUAAUAGUAAACAACAUUGUAGCUAUUUGUUUCUCUCUCUACCCUGAGGAUAGAGAAGUAAGUUGUCUUUGAAUUUGUCGUCUCGCUCUAGCCGCCCACUUUCCCCCCUGCAUCCCAUUGCCAGGGGUGUAUUCAUUACGGAAACCACUUACAGUUUAAGAACCAGGGGUGUAUUCAUUACGGAAACCACUUACAGUUUAAGAACCAGGGGUGUAUUCAUUACGGAAACCACUUACAGUUUAAGAACCAGGGGUGUAUUCGUUACGGAAACUGUUAACUGUUUAUGAACCAGGGGUGUAUUCGUUACGGAAACCACUUACAGUUUAAGAACCAGGGGUGUAUUCAUUACGGAAACCACUUACAGUUUAAGAACCAGGGGUGUAUUCGUUACGGAAACCACUUACAGUUUAAGAACCAGGGGUGUAUUCGUUACGGAAACCACUUACAGUUUAUGAACCAGGGGUGUAUUCGUUACGGAAACCACUUACAGUUUAUGAACCAGGGGUGUAUUCGUUACGGAAACCACUUACAGUUUAAGAACCAAACGGAGAAAAGGAAACUGGGAGGGAAGUACCUGAAUUUGUCCAAUAGAAACUCUUGUUUGCGGUUUCCGUUUGGAGUAAAUGAUUUGGAAAGGUUUGCAACAGAAUCGGUUUAAUGGUUAUACCCCUGGUUCUGACAAGUCUCCCUUUAGUUUUCAUUCUGCAAUAAAAAACCUAAUCAAAUAUCAGUGGGCAGUAGCUGAGAGCCUGACUUAAUUUAUGUAGUAAAUAAGUAGUGAAACACAGGUAUAGAGUAGAACUUGUGAGGUAGUGAUGAUUAUUAAGUGAGGUUUAUUUUCUUCAUGAGGGAGUGGUGAUAAUCAGCCAUUUGGUGGCAACUAGAAACAAUGGCUUAAUAAGACCUAUUAUAAAUUGAUGGACUCGGGACUCGAACUUGAACUUGACUCAGACUUCAGCCAUAGGGACUCGUGACUUGACUCGGACUCGAGCACAGGGGACUUGGGACUUGACUCGGACUCGAGCACAGGGGUCUUGGGACGUGACUCGGACUCGAGCACAGGGGACUUGGGACUUGACUCGGACUCGAGCACAGGGGUCUUGGGACUUGACUCGGACUCGAGCACAGGGGUCUUGGGACUUGACUCGGACUCGAGCACAGGGGACUUGGGACUUGACUCGGACUCGAGCACAGGGGACUUGGGACUCGAGCACAGGGGACUUGGGACUUGACUCGGACUCGAGCACAGGGGACUUGGGACUCGAGCACAGGGGACUUGGGACUCGAGCACAGGGGACUUGGGACUCGAGCACAGGGGACUUGGGACUCGAGCACAGGGGACUUGGGACUCGAGCACAGGGGACUUGGGACUCGAGGUUUAGUGACUCGACCACUGACGUAGAAAUGCCCUGAUGAUCAGGUCAGUCUCUGUUCUCGAUUGGAGACCUAUGGACUGCAGGACUGCGGCACUAUGGUCACUACCAAGGUGAAACCAACAGGCUUUCACUGUCUGCAGCCUGAUUGGGCGCUCCCUUUUUAAUAUCACCUGUGAUACUGGUCUGAAGGACUCAGCAGGCAGACUGGAGGACCAACCUGGACCAGCAUUUACCAGGAGCCACAUGCUUCAAAUACAAUUUCCAAUUUUAAAUCGAUAUUGUAUUUUUUCGCAUAUUUGAAUUGGCUGCAAUGGGGCACCAUGUUAAUGUAGUGUUUUAAAUGCACUGUAAAGACAACUGCAAAGUGAUACCCAAGAUCCACUCAGUCUUAACUUGGCGCGCUCUAUGUGCCAUACUGUUUUCAUAAUGUGUCUGGGGGUUUGUUCACAAACCUUGUCUCGCUCUGAAGGAGAAGUGCCAAAUUGAUGCAAAAACAACGUUAGACAAUGAACACCGUGUGUAAGAAUGAAUGCAUUAUCACCUUUUUGUUUUGUAUUAAGCUAAUUUACUGUAACAUGAGCAAAAUACUCCUGUACAACUUCUGGAUCAGGGCCAAUAAUUCUGGUUAACAUUAUUUCAAGCUCAGAACAUCUUUUACCAGGGUUGGGUUAAAUUCCAUUUCAAUUAAAUGUUCUCUUUUUGAAUAAUAAUGAAUCUCUUGACUUGAAGUGGAGUUGACCCCGACUGUCUUUUUCUACGCCUAGCCUAAACUGUCGUUUUUUUCACUGAGAUUCUGGUAUUUUAAAUUAUUCUAUAUACUGCACAAUCUGUAGGUUUACUAUGGUUAGCCACCCCAGAGCAAUGUUGAAAUAUGCAGGACAUAGGCAACUUGUAUAAUGUUAAGUAUAUUAAAUAUUUUAGCAAGGUCAAUGAAAUAUUUUCUAAGGUUUAUUGUGGAUAUUAAAUGAUAGUACCACCUUUAGAAUUAUUUUGAGCAUCAGUCCUCUGUUCAGGGAGUGGUUCCAUUUGGGUACAUGGUUACGGUGGUUCCAUUUGGGUACAUGGUUACGGUGGUUGCAUUUGGGUACAUGGUUACGGUGGUUCCAUUACUGUACAUGGUUACGAUGGUUCCAUGAGGAUACAUGGUUGUGGUGGUUCUAUUUGAAAACAUGGUUAUGGUGGUUCUAUUUGGAAACGUGGUUAUGGUGGUUCUAUUUGGAAACGUGCUUAUGGUGGUUCUAUUUGGAAACGUGCUUAUGGUGGUUCUAUUUGGAAACGUGCUUAUGGUGGUUCUAUUUGGAAACGUGCUUAUGGUGGUUCUAUUUGGAAACGUGCUUAUGGUGGUUCUAUUUGGAAACGUGCUUAUGGUGGUUCUAUUUGGAAACGUGCUUAUGGUGGUUCUAUUUGGAAACGUGCUUAUGGUGGUUCUAUUUGGAAACGUGCUUAUGGUGGUUCUAUUUGGAAACGUGCUUAUGGUGGUUCUAUUUGGAAACGUGCUUAUGGUGGUUCUAUUUGGAAACGUGCUUAUGGUGGUUCUAUUUGGAAACGUGCUUAUGGUGGUUCUAUUUGGAAACGUGGUUAUGGUGGUUCUAUUUGGAAACGUGCUUAUGGUGGUUCUAUUUGGAAACGUGCUUAUGGUGGUUCUAUUUGGAAACGUGCUUAUGGUGGUUCUAUUUGGAAACGUGGUUAUGGUGGUUCUAUUUGGAAACGUGGUUAUGAUGGUUCUAUUUGGAAACGUGGUUAUGGGGGUUCUAUUUGGAAACAUGGUUAUGGUGGUUCCAUUUUUUCAUUUGAAUUUCUAGAACAUCUGACUCUCUUCAUAGAACCAAGGUCCCUUCCAAAUCACCAUGAGCAGUUUUACUUUACACUUUCAAUGCUACUGAAACAAACCUGGCUUUUUAUUAACUUGGACUAUGCAGCUGACUGUGAGCCACCAUUGUAAGAUGUGGAUUGGUAGGAGGUGUGUGUGUGUGUGUGUGUGUGUGUGUGUGUGUGUGUGUGUGUGUGUGUGUGUGUGUGUGUGUGUGUGUGUGUGUGUGUGUGUGUGUGAGAUUCAGACUGGGAGUGUAUGAGGAUGACAUCUGUAGUUGUCAGUAACUUUAUUAGUGAAUGCUAUCAGCUCAGCAGCCAUGUUUGUGGCCUUGUACAUUACAUUUCAAGCCACUUGUCAUACUGAAUGCAGGGCUACUUUCUGUAUUGGUGGGAAUAGUAAUACACUAUAUAUUAUUACUAGCUAUCUACAGCAUGUCACUGACAAUCCUAGACUGAGCAGGGUCACGGGGGGAAGAUCUCAAUUGCAUACUCCGUGUCCUCUCUCCUUGUCUCCUUCUCAAAACCCAUUGGAUGAGAAAGCCAUAGGACCCUCCCCUCUGACCUUCUCAUCCAAUGGGAUUUGAGGAGAGAGGACGCAAGGAGUAUGCAAUUGAGAUCUUCCCAGGGUCCCUCUGGAGAGGUGUGGUCAGAGGUCAGAGCUGGACCACUCAGGGACCUGCACUGAGCCUGCAUAACAACACCAGCCUGGGUUUACAGACCAUGGGUGUCCAAAACCCUGUAUGGCCUUACUGCGUCCAUUCCACCCAACCUGUCCUCAUAUAUCUUCAGCUGCUCGGUUUAUGACCAAUAAAAAUGGCCUUGCAUUUUAA